AUGGCCAAAACUGGCAGAGUCUCAGCGACAACACCAUCUUCAGCUCCAUCAACGUUGGACAAAAAUGUUAAAAUCAGCCCAGCGUUAGCGAUAGUACUCGCUUGUGUCGUAUUAUUCGUGGUUGCAGUUAUCAUCACAUUAUAUAUACGUCACAUGAACCCCGACGAACCAAUGGGUUCUUACUUCUUCCGUCACCGACCUGUUUCCCGUGGACUUGAGCCAAAUAUCAUUGAAACAUUCCCUGUAUUUGUCUAUUCCGAUGUCAAAGCCCUAAAAAUGGGCAAAUCUAUCCUAGAAUGUGCUGUUUGCAUAAACAAGUUCGAAGAUGAAGAAACUCUCCGCCUUCUUCCGAAUUGUUGCCACGUGUUCCAUCUUGAGUGUAUUGAUGCUUGGCUUGCCUUUCGUACCACUUGCCCCGUUUGCCGUUCAAAUCUCGAAACAAAACCUUCUGGUAAACUGCAAGAAACAGUUCAAGAAACAGAAAGAAGCGACAUAGUAAUAGAUAUUCACGUGACUGCUGGUCCACAAGAA